AGCGCAAUCGUGGUUGCACGGUUAGUUGAACAAGGAAUACUCGACUAUUCUGAAAAGAUAGCAACUUAUUGGCCAGAAUUUGCACAAGGUAACAAAGAAAAUGUGACUUUGUAUGAACUUAUGACACAUACCUCUGGUGUAGGAUGGAUCGAUGUUAAACAAUUGACUGUUAGCGAUUUAGAGAAUCUCGAUCAUUUAGAAAAGAUUCUUGCUCGUCAACCUCAUAACUUUAAUGGAAAACCAACCAGAUCUUAUCAUGCACUUACACGUGGAUUUUAUUUAAACGCCAUAGUUCGUAGAAUGGAUACUAAACAUCGUACAAUUGGCCAAAUUGUUGCCGAAGAGAUUUUACCAACUUAUGGGAUUGAUUUUCAUUAUAAAACAACUAAGGAACUUUAUCCUCGGGUAGCAAAUAUUUAUACAUAUCCACUACCUAGAGUUUUAGGAAAAUUGAUAUUACCAACAUGGAUGAUCACAAAUCCUCUUCAUACUUUGUUCAGUCAUAUGUUCGAUUCUAGUACAAUAACUUUUAAAACUUUAGUAGGCACAUCUCCUGAUCAAUCACAACCAAAAGAUUGGAAUAAAUUUGAAAUGUUGCAAUACGAAGGACCAAGCUAUAAUGGUGUUACAAAUUCAAGAUCAAUGGCUAAAUUAGCAGCUAUGAUGGCUAAUGGUGGUCAACCAUUACCGGGUUCAAAAGAACCACCAUUGUUUAAAAAAUCUACAUUUGAUUUAUUAACAAAAAUAGAUAAGACAGAACACGACUUAGCACUUUAUGAAACCAUAACAAUGGCAUAUGGUGGAGUUGGCAAGUUUAAGCUCGGUGAUUUUGAAUUGGGGCUUUGGGGUUGGGGUGGAUCGGGUGGAAGUAUGUUCCUUUGGAGUCCUGAAUAUAACGUGGGUUUUGGUUAUUGUAUGAAUGCUUUUCAUACAUCACUCUUGGGAGAUCAUAGAAGUUUGGAAAUAUUGAAGACUAUAGAAAAUAUUAUUAAGCAAUUGAAAGCUGCGGAGGAAAAAUAA